GGAAAACCAUGUGCGAAAGUAUGAGCUGAAAAUCCUCCGAAAAAACUGCUCUUUUUAGAGCGUUUAUUUCCUUCUUUAGUCAAAGUAGUAGUACAGAACCCUAAUGAAGACAAUAAUCCUUCAAUUUCUAGCUUAAAUGUCUGGGAAAAACUUUUGUGAACUUUGUGGUGAAGCCGGGUUGUCGAGCCGACUUGUGCCGUACCAAAUGAAUUCUGAGGAAGCUAUCUUUAUUUGCGAGAAUUCUGAGUGCGUUUUUCCACUUGGUACUCUUCACGUUGGAAACUUUGUGGUGUCCAGAAAAGCAACAGAAAUCUCAAACAUCAAGCGAAAAAGGAAGAAAAUACCCUCAAAAAAUAAUCCAGAGAAUUCGUCUCUCAAAUCAACGAGUAUUUCCACUCCAGAACAUUUUAUAAAUUGGGAAAACGUCGACGCAUUGUGUUGGCUACACUGUACGCUAAGCUUGAUAGUACACAACAAGACUCUAAGAAAUCUUGUCAGUACUAUCCAAACUCCUAAUUCCUUGCUUAAGUCCAUUUUGGAUUGCUAUUUCAAAGCACAACAGCUUGCAUUAUCAGACUUGACAACGGCUAAGAAGAUACUAGAAGAUAUAAGACAAAAUGUAUGGAUGUAUCUUGCUCCUAAGAUGAAAUGUUCACUUGGAGUGAAUGACUCUCCUAUUUUUGCUCUCCCUCUUCUACUAAACGACAAUGGAGUUACCUUGGAGAAGUGCCUACAGGAGUAUACCUGGGAAUUUAGCUGUGACUUGUGUGGAUUUGAGGAGAAAACUAGACAAAAGAAACAUCUUGUUACAUAUCCAAACACGCCAGAGGACUUUGACUUUGAAAAGGCAUCAUUUCUACGCCCUUGUCCUAAAUGCAAGUCUUCAGGCCAGAAGAGUACUAUUGUUCAUGAAGCAAUGCCAGAUCUUGUGCUGAUGCACUUUGUUGAAGGGCUGAUGACAGAAGAUUAUUUAGAUUCCAAUUUUGUUUUGAACAAGAGUAGGUAUCAGUUAACACAGUUCCUUCAGUACUCAAGAAAUCCUGAUCACUUUAUUUGUUGGUGUAAAGAGAAUGACGGGACGAGAUGGUUAGAACUAGAUGACCUAAAAACUUCAGUAUGUUCAUGGUCAAGUUCUACUCCCAAGGUACCACCCUCAGAAGUUCACGUUGUGGUGUUUGAAAAAAUCACUUCAGAGUCGUGUGAAAACAAAAUCAACUCAAAAGAAUAUAAAUCGGAAAAGGUGAUUGAUGACAUAAAUAGGGUACUUGUGUCACCGACAGAAAUAUUGAGGAACACAGAAAUAUCUUUUUCAAAGGCUGAGGUCUGUUUUUCAAAGGUUAAUGAUGAAGAGAGUAUUUCUUGUCACAUGGAUGCAUUGGAGGUCAUAGAAGAUGUUGAAGAAAAGGAAAUCACUUCUAAAGAAAAGAAUCUAGAAUCAAAAAUUAUUGCAUCUGAAGAAAUAGUAUCGAAUGAGAGUUUGAGCUCUGCAUCAGUAUCUGGAAAACAUGAUGGUGAUCUUCCUGGAAGAUCUCCUUUAAAAGAUUGUUCAAAUAUACCAGAUAAUUGGUCAUCACAUGGAAAGACUGUUGCUACAUCAAUUAUGGCACUUCCAUCACAGACUUCUUUACGACCAGAAAAGACAUCAUUAAUAAAUAGAAAUAGCCCUUCAGUGAUUUCACCUUCACUUACUUCGAGUAAUUUGGAGAACUCCUUAAUCAAAGCUACUGUUGUUACACCAAAUUUGGCACUUCCAACACAGACUUCUUCUCAAGGUGUAAAAACACCAUUAACACAUAGAAAUACCCCUCCAGUGCUUUCACCUUCACUUACUUCGAGUAAUUUGGAGAACUCCUUAAUCAAAGCUACUGUUACUACACCAAAUAUGGCCCUUCCAACACAGACUUCUUCUCAACCCGAAAACACAUCCUUAAUGAAUAGAAAAACCCCUCCAGUGGUUUCAUCUUCACUUACUUCAACCAAACUGGAGAACUCAUUAAUCAAAGUUACUCUCAAAAAAUACUCUUUAAGUAAAAAGUUUCAGCCAUCACUCAAUAACAAACGUCGAACAUUGUCUUCCCAGUUUCAGCCAUAUGUUCCUAAAAAACAGCGAAUUGAACCACAGAUUGUUAAUAACAAACCUACUUUAUUGGAUUUUGAUAGCCAUAGUGACAGUGGCUACUCGAGUCCUAGCUCUGUCAGUUCCUGCGGGAGUGGGUCAAGUACUACGAGUAUGGAAACUGAACAGAAAAUGAGUGUUACUGAUGAUAUAGAGAAGAUGGAGAUAGAUGAUUCCAAUCAUGAAAAUAUCGCCGAAGAACUUGAGAAGCUUUUGCCAGACUGUCUUCUUGAAGAUCGCAGGAAAAGAAGUACAUCAGCAGUAGAUGAUGAGGAACAAAUCAUCCAUAGUGAAACGAUGAAAUUGGAGGGCAUCUCUCAAGAGCAGGACGACUUUAUUCGCAAUUUGCUCUUUGAUGAUUAAGCUGUUAUGUUGCAUUGGGCUGUGAUAGGAGGGAUUUCAGUUGCAGUAAUUUUACUUGCCCUUUUUACUUGAAAAAAUAGUAGUGUAUAUUGCCAUAUAUCUUUGAAAAAGUUAACUAACAAAAUUGUAGAAAUUAGUGCAAAGUUUUUUUAGGUCCACUGAGAUCUACUGAACUUACUAUUAAGUUGUGCAAAUUUCUUCUAUUUCUAACAAAGUUUUUCACGAACAUAUAGUAUGCACUUUAAGCAUAUUAUAUUGUAGUAGACACUAUAAGACCUUUAUGAAAUUUGCUUGAGUGAGGAAUGUCAAAACAAUUGCUCCAAGUUGAGGCUCGACUUGAUGUGUUCUUACAUUUACUGAAGAAAUACUAUUCCCAGUGGACCGAGGUAAUUGUGAUUUUUUAAUCGCCCUUGUAGCGUCUGUUAUGUUAUCCACAAGUACAUUUCAAAUCGACCACGUGAUGCCAAUGUUGUACCACGAGGACAAGUUUUUUACACCACGUGAUCAAAAUUCAGUCAAGUUUUAAUGCACGCGCCUGCUGUGUGCAGUUAUAAAGCAUGUGAGGAUUGGCAGAACACAAGAGAAGUGUUAGGAGAAGCACGGCGUGUGGCGGAAUGCUUCUGGACCCUUUUUGAGUGUUCUGUCAAUUCCCAAGUGCUUUAUAACUCCAAACAGGACAGCAAGCAAUUUUUUUUAUUUCUUUCAUGAAAUACAAAUUACAAUAACCGUUAUUUUGGAAAAAAAUGAUGCAACUAAAAGUGUGUGCGUGUGCUGUAUGCUCUCCUAAAGCACUCGUCCUCAACCAAUCAGAACGUGAGAUUCAUAAUAGUUAUUUUAUAAUGCAUUUUAUUGAGCCAAAACUUAACUUGGAGCCAUUGUUUCCUAUUUUUUUCUUCUCCUUUACUUUGAUCAUACAUCAUACCGGCUUUGUUUCACAAUCCAACUAAAAAAUCUCACAGGUGCAAGAAUUAAACAACAACUAGAUUGAAGGCAUUUAACCCGUGUAAUAAAUAGAGGAUAUUAUAUGGGUGCGAGGAGAUACGAAAUUCAUCUUCGAGUGAUGAAAAGAUCUCUCACGAGUGAGUGCAGCGAACAAGUGAGAGAUUUUCAACACGAGAAGAUAAAUUUCAUAUCUCCAAGCGCCCAUGUUAUUUUCUGUUUAUUAAAUAAUUAUCCAUAAAAUCAA